GCUCCGCCCCCGCCGGCCCCUUCCCGCCUUCUCCUCAUCUUCCUCCUGGCAGCUGCGGCUCGGCUGCCCUGUCACAGACUGUGGGCGACUCUGCGGCCUGGGAACUGACUGACCUCUCACCGAUCUCAUACCAUGAAAGCCAUGGAGGACCAGGUCGUUCAGGAAGAACAGGGAUACCAGGAUGAUGAGGAAUCAUUGUUUCAAGACAUCGACCUGUUACAAAAGCAUGGCAUUAAUGUGGCUGAUAUCAAGAAAAUGAAGUCAGCAGGCAUCUGCACGGUCAAGGGGAUCCAGAUGACCACCAGAAGGACCCUGUGCAACAUCAAAGGCCUCUCUGAAGCCAAAGUGGACAAGAUUAAAGAAGCAGCCAACAAACUCAUCGAGCCGGGGUUCCUGACUGCCUUUGAGUACAGCGAGAAGCGGAAGUUGGUUUUCCACGUCACCACGGGAAGCCAGGAAUUUGAUAAGCUGCUGGGGGGCGGAAUUGAAAGUAUGGCAAUUACGGAGGCUUUUGGAGAAUUUCGAACAGGAAAAACCCAACUUUCUCACACUCUCUGUGUGACAGCUCAGCUUCCAGGAGCAGGAGGCUACCCAGGAGGAAAGGUGAUCUUCAUUGAUACGGAAAAUACUUUCCGUCCAGACCGUCUUCGAGACAUCGCUGACCGCUUUAAUGUAGACCACGAUGCUGUCCUGGACAACGUACUCUAUGCCCGCGCUUAUACCAGUGAGCAUCAGAUGGAGCUUCUGGACUACGUGGCUGCCAAGUUCCAUGAGGAGGCCGGCAUCUUCAAACUUCUGAUCGUCGAUUCGAUCAUGGCGCUCUUCCGUGUGGAUUUCAGUGGCCGGGGAGAGUUAGCGGAACGGCAGCAAAAACUGGCCCAGAUGUUGUCUCGACUUCAGAAGAUAUCAGAAGAAUAUAAUGUGGCUGUGUUUGUGACCAAUCAGAUGACGGCUGAUCCCGGGGCAACUAUGACUUUUCAGGCAGACCCUAAAAAGCCCAUUGGGGGCCACAUCCUGGCCCACGCUUCAACAACAAGGAUCUGUUUGCGAAAAGGAAGAGGAGAGCUUCGCAUUGCCAAAAUUUAUGACAGCCCCGAGAUGCCUGAAAAUGAAGCCACCUUCGCAAUAACAGCCGGAGGAAUUGGGGAUGCCAAGGAGUAGGUGGAGAAUUGGUGCAGAUUGGGAUGGCAGAACAGGCUUGAUCAGGUCUGAAGAAAGAGAAGAAAACCACAGAUUCAGAGCGUGAAAACAGGGUUUGUUUUUUCACAUGAUUCAGAGUGUUGACUAAUGGGAAGCGGGUAAAGAGAUAAAAAUGAUUCCUUGCCUUUUAAGUCCCUGGCUCCUCUCAUUUCAUCUUUUCAAAGUGUGACUUCAGAUUUGCAAAAUUCUCAGAACAGACAUUGCAGAUGAACCCAAAGAGCUCUGCCCCACCCCCGCCCCCAACUGUGCCACUCUUCCUCUCAACCUUUGCUUGUACAUCCAGAGACAGGGAAGCUUUGUGUAUGCUGAGGUAAAGAGGUUCAUUGGGCCCGGGGAAACUCUAUGUAUUGAGAAUAUCAGAGCGUCUGCAUGGCCUUAUUAUUAUUAGCAACAAGAAACCAAGUCACUGUUUAGGGGUUGGCUUCCAGCAGCUUUAAAUGGCGUUUAAAGAAAUCCACUCCAUAAAUUGCAGAGGAGGGGCAAAGGAUUUCGGAUGAAGCCUCCAGUGUUGGGGGAUCAGCCGCUGCUUUUUGGAGAUUUGUUUAGCAAAUUCCAACUUGUUGAUUUUAAAAUUAACUGUGAAGUUUCAGAAUGUAAGAUGUCAAAUGUUUAA